AUGAUUGAUUUGUUUAUUCUAGGACUGGUCGGUUCUGUUGACUCAGCGAAUUUUUACAUCCAAGCCAUAACAAAGAAUUAUUCUUUAUUGAAAAUAUUAGGCAUACUGCUUAAUUCGGUAGGGACAAUUAUUCAUAUUAAUAUUAGAGGAGUACGAAGUCAUUACGACCUCGUCCAGAUACGCUGCAGGGUUCGAGCGUGUGUGGACUUUGAUUUUGGCUUGGAAGCCCGAAAAAAUCUUGAAAAUUUCGUCAGAAGAUCACGCAGACGGUUCAUCACCGCCUUCAAGUCGAAUUUCGCAGUUAUACGGGAGCUUUGUAUCGCUCUGCUAUCUUCGGAUCCAAUCCCGCGACCAGGCAGCACUCAGAUCAAGCUUGACGUGAACGCAGAGCCUCCCAUUUUUUGGAUUUUAUCGAAGUGGUUGUGUCUCUUGAAAAUUUCUUCACGUGAUUACGCUUAUCAAAUAGUUCACCCCUCAGUCUCGGCUUCACUCCCGCCAGAAAAACCGUGCCACUGGACCGAAGUCGUUAAACGUCGUACAUUUUGCGUCCAUUCAUUUUAUCGGAUUGUUGUCAUGGCACCAGUACAUUCAUUGGAUAUCUAUAAGCUUUAUUGCAAUAGUUACAAUUGCGAUAAAGUCUAUCACUCUGCUAAUGUAGUUAAACAGUGCGAUUUAAAAGCUAGCUACAGUGAUGACUAUUUUGAUGCAGUUCGAAAGUUGAUAGCAGAUAAAGUCGCUAAGGGUGACUAUGACCCAUUUUUCGUAAUGGAUGUGGAACUCAUAGAUAAUAUCCUGAAAAACUGGUUCAAAAAAAUGCGGGAUAUUAAACCGUACUAUGCAUUACGGUGCAAUUCAGAUGAUGUUCUGUUGAAACUACUCACUCGAAAUACCGAUAUAGGUUUAUAUUGCAGCAAUCGAUAUGAAGUUGGAAUGGCUAUGAAAAUUGUCAAUGUGGAUCGAAUCAUCUAUCGAAAUCCAUUGUGGACGCGUGGCAAUAUUCGUUAUGCCAAGGAAUGUGGCAUUCAAACAGUUGUCAUUGAAACGGAAGAUGAUUUAAAGCGUUUUGCGACGUAUUACCCUGAAGCAAGCAUAAUUUUACGUGUAACAAUGGAUCGAAAGGUGGUUAGUGAUCCUCUUACGGAGGAUAACUUGGAUGUCGAGAAAGCUAGCAGCUUGCUUAGCAGUACAAAAGACUCACCAAUGAGAAUAAGGGGCAUUAGCCUUUCUGUACGCUUUGUUUGUUCAACACCAGCGAUGUAUUCAUAUGCAAUUGGACAGUGUCGGCGACUGUUUGAUAUCGGGCGUGAAGUAGGCCAUAAAAUGGAUAUAUUGGAUGUAGGUGAUGGUUUUCCAAGUAUGUCUGCUACCAAUGGCUUAUCAUUUGAUCAGAUUGCUGAUUCGUUGCAUGCUGCAUUUACACUUUUCUUCCCAUCAAAGCUCUUCAAGAAUAUGAAAAUAAUCGCUGAACCAAGCUCUUAUUUUGCCGCUUCUUCUUUUUCUCUAAUUACGCGUGUCGUCGACAAACGGUUAAUUGAUGGAAGUUUUCUCACUAAUGAUGAAUCAGAUGCUGGUACAGUCGGCUAUGUUUAUCAGAUCAACGAAGGAUUUUAUGGAGCAUUUGGUUGCAAACUUUUAACUCAUCGUGAUCCUGUUUGUUCUCCAGUAAUGGUUUUCGGCGAAAAACUCAACACAUAUGCAGCAAUCAUUGGUCCUGAAGCCUGUGAUACAGAUGUUGUUUUGUCGCUGACGAGACUUCCACCUCUGCAGGUGGGUGACUGGCUCAUUUGGCAUGAUAUGGGAGCUUACACGAUUGAUAAUUGUGACACAUCCGAACGAAGUGGCCCUUCACUGUUAAUUCAUUACUAUUACAAAAACGAAAAAAUAAAGACUGUUUUUCCGGGUCCAAAAACCAUACCAUUCGAAGGCACAUCAUCUGAGAUGGGAAAUUCUUCAAAUAAUUUUGUACGCGGUGCGUCGAAAUCCGAGCUUAUCAAUUAUACAGACGUUGUUGGUAUCGUUGCAAAACAGUUAAAAACAUAA